AUGGGUGAUGCUAUGAAGGCUAUAAGAAGAAUCGAAAAGGAAAGAGAAGAAGAAACCGAAGUUAAAAGUAGCGAUGAAGAAACAGAGACAAUGGCAGAGGUAGAGAGAAAAAGAAAAGGAAAGGGUAUUGCUAGGUCAGAACCUUCCAAGAAAGAGAAGAAAAUGGAGAAGGCUCCUGCUUCGAAACCCUUUGUGCAACAGAAUAUUUUCGAGCUAAGAUUCAAUUUGCCAUUUUUUAUUUUCAAAGGGAUUGCUAAGUCUAAUAAGCAUAGAAGGUUGCCAUAUGUUAUGCCUUUGACUCUUGUAUUUCAAGCUAUGGGAGUUAAUCUGAGCAAAGAAAAGAAGUUUAGCAAUCCUAUCCCCAUUAAAGAGAUAUUCAAGGCUAAUGAUGAAUCAGACAUCCCUAUAAGCAAGUUGAAAGAGAGAAGUUCUAAGAUAGAUGAAGGGGAAAGCUCUAAAAAGAAAGAGAAAAUGAAGCUGAAAAUGUCAGAUUUUGUGAAAAUAAGUAAAGCAAAUCUAGAAAUGAUGAACGAAAUCAAAGAAAUGAGUGGACUGAGCUUGAAUAUUUUAGAAAAAUCUCAUGAAUUGCAAAAGGGAAUUAUGGCUAAGAAAAAUGCAAAGAUGGAUAUGUUGAUUAAUAGAUUGGAUAGACAAGAAUGGUUCAUGAAGAAGAUGGCUCAAUUGUUGUUUAGUGAGUCUUUUGGGAAGUUUGGAGAUUUGGAAGCUACCCACAGGGUACUGCUGGUCCUAGCAAUGCAAAGGCUGCUGGAAAGUGAAGUAAAAAUUUCUGAAGUGGAAGAAGAAGAAGAAAAGGAGCAUGUGGAAACUGCUAAAAAGGAAAAAGAAAAAAGUAAGCUAGCUGAGGUUGAGGAAGUAAAGAAAAAUGAUGAGAAGGAAGAAAUUGCAGAAGAGAAAUCAGAAGCAGAACAAGGACAGGAAAAAGAAAAAUCAGGAGAAUCCUCCUCAUCUCAUACUAAAAGCAACAGCAGCAGUGAGAAUGGGAAAAGUGAAAGCAAAAAUGGUUCACGACAAGAAGAGGAGAAGGAAGAUGAUGGUAAUAAGGAAGAAGAGCAGUCAUAA